AUGCCUGCCGACCGUCAAAACACUGUCCAGAAGCGCAGGCGUCUCCCCUUCAAACCGCCGAGUCGACGAGAGUCCACAACCGCAGAAGCAUCCGCGUCGGCGCCGAAGACGACCAAGUCCAGCGCUACGUCAAGAAAGUCCACAGCCACAGCCACAGCGUCGGCACCAGCAUCGAAAAAGCCCCGGAAAUCAACAUCGUCUCGCCAGAAAGCCCGAUCUCCCUCCGUAUCUGUAUCCGGCACGGACGAGGAGGAGCCCGGGUCGCUGUCUGGCUCCGAAUCCGGCUCAGACUCGGUGUCUGCUUCUUCUUCAAACCGAGAGCGGUCUCCCUCAGAGGAGCCGGACUACAUCCUCGCGGAAAUCAUCACCAAUGACCGUGCGCGCGACAUCGAGUCUGGCGAACCGGCCAUCCCGCAGAAGCUCCUGACGAAGCUGCUGCAUCACCACUUUCAGAGCGAGAAGACGAAAAUCACUAAGGAUGCGAAUGCGGUCGUUGCGAAAUACGUGGAUAUCUUUGUGAGAGAGGCUUUGGCUAGAGCGGCGUAUGAGAGAACGGGGGGAGAUGGCAAUGCGGAUGCUGGGGGUGGCAGGGGAUCGGUAGGAGAUGGGUUUCUUGAGGUCGAGGAUCUGGAGAAGUUGGCGCCCCAGAUGAUUUUGGACUUCUGA